UGUAGAGUCCUAACUAUGGUGAGUUACCUAAUGUGUACCUAGGGUUUAGGUAACUGAGUUGUACUAUAUAUACGUAUGUUAUUAAUGAGAAUGAUACGAGAUUACACAAUAUUUGACAUGGUAUCAUGAGCCUAGGUUAAAAACCCUAGAUUUUUUUCCGCAAGAAAUUUGAGAGAGUGUAGCCGAGUAUUGAGAACAGCGACUUUCUUCGCUUGUUGAGUAUUGAGAUUAGGAGUUAACAAUUCCUUAAGUAUCACCAUGAGUUCCGAUGAGGAGGCACCACCAAAGGUCAUCGCCGCCGCCGUCGACCUAGACUACUAUCUCGGGUCAGGCGACGGCCCCGGUAUUGUUAUCACCCCUGUGAAACUGAGAGGAGCAUCGAACUACGAUGAAUGGGCCAAAGCCGUUCGUCGCUCGAUGAUUUCAAAAUUCAAAUUUGGUUUUCUUGAUGGGUCUGUGAAGGAGCCCAUUACGGACGAGACGAAGAUGAAACAUUGGAUUGCGGUCAAUUCGAUGGUGGUGUCUUGGAUCACAAACACCAUUGACGAGAGUUUGCGUUCGAAUCUGGAGGACUUUGAUAUUGCUCACGAGUUGUGGAGUCAUUUGAGGACGCGGUACUGCGUCGUGUCGGGCACCAGGGUCUGCCAUAUUAAGAUGGCUCUGAGUGGUUGCAAGCAGGGCACGUCUGAGGGCGUCAUGGAGUACUAUGGCCGCUUGUCGAAGGUAUGGAAGGAGUACGUACAGUAUGCACGAGUUCCCAGGUGUGUAUGUGCGGGUUGUACGUGUAAUAUAGCGAAGCAGGUGGGGGACAUUCACGAUGAAGAUCGUCUGCACUAUUUCCUAAUUGGCCUGGAUGAUCACUAUGAAGCCAUUCGUGCAUAACUGUUAGCACGAUCGCCGUUGCCAGGACUCGACGAGGCGUACCAGACGGUUAUGAAUACCGAGACCAUGCACGCCAAGGCUGCGAGAGGUCCGGAGAGUGUCAUGGCGUUCAAGGUCGAGACUAAGGCUCGGUCGAGGUCGGGAGAUGUCAGUGGCAGAUUUUGUGGUCAUUGCAAUCGUGAGGGUCAUGAGGAAGAAACUUGUUAUCAGCUGAUUGGAUUUCCUGAAUGGUGGGAUGAGAAGAAACGAGGUGGACGAGGGCCUGGUCGAGGAGGCAGGACGUCGAUUAGAGGAGGCAGAGUAGCUCGCGGGGCAGCGUCGUCGACCAGUGGUGUCGCUCGUGCCAAUGCCGUGAGCAAUGCCACAGGAGGGGCGACAACCACUGUGACGAGUGGAGACGGAUCGCAUGGUGCAGUGACGACAACCAAUCAUGAGCUUGUUGGGGUGACGAAGGAGCAAGUCCAGCAAAUAGUUGACAUCUUGUCACGACCUUCAACCAAGUUGCAAGGACCGCUCGACGAGGAUGGUGAUUGGCGUAGGUGAUCGACAGGAAGGACUAUAUUUUUUCCGUGGGGCUCCAAAGGUUCGUUUGCUAGCAGUGGAGUGUGUGGUCGACUUGUGGCAUCAACGGAUGGGGCAUCCGUCGGAAAAAGUGUUGCAGUUACUUCCUCAUGUGAGUCAUAAGAUUAGGAAGAAUAAAACAAUUUGUGAUGUAUGUCCGCGGGCGAGACAAUGUAGGGAGAGUUUUCCAGUUAGUGUUAGUCGUGCUAGUCGCACAUUUGAAUUGGUUCAUCUUGAUUUAUGGGGACCCUACAAGACUCCCUCGUCUUGUGGGGCAAAGUAUUUUUUUACCAUUGUUGACGAUUAUUCUAGAGGUGUGUGGAUUUAUUUACUGAAUAAUAAAAUGGAAGUUGCAUCGACA